AAUAUGAGUUCUUCGUGGAGUUUCAUCCCGCGGCGGUUACUCUUAUAUUUCAUUACUCUUGCUUGCUCAUUAUUUCUGUUACACUUUUUCCCCGGGGAAACUCUAUUUCUGUACUGUGUUUUAGCGAUUUUCCCUUUUAAAUGCCCUUUAUUUUUUUGCAUCGCUUUCGUUCCUAAAGGGACAGCGGGGAAUUAGAUUCGACGGGUCGCGGUUUAUGUGAAUAUCUUAAUUUGAUUUGUAUAUGUUGAUGGGAUGAUAUCUUGAAUUGUUGAUCACGAGCAGCUGUGUGAUUUGGGGGUUCAAUUUUGUUGGGGUUCAUUCAACAAACAAAGGAUUCGUUGAAGAAUGCCGGAAUGUGUUGAUACUAACCAUCAAGUUAAUUUGUCAAAUGUACGUAUAAUUUCAUUCAAUAUAGGAACAAUCACAAGUCUUCCAGCGUUGUUCCCAGACACCUAAUUGGGUUAAGUGAUAGCUGGGAUUUUAAGUUAAAGCACGAGAAUGUAGAAAAAGUCUAAAUUAGUCGGUAAGACUGGCAUCUGUGUUAACCAUAUUCCUAAAAUUUGUAUUAUAUUCUCAGGUCAUUCUGAUUGCCUGCUACUUCUGUUUGUUCUUCUGUACAUUCUUCACAAUAACUUAUGACGUUUCUGUAAAUUGGACGGUGACUGUUCUUGUUAAUUGUCGGAUGAUAGCUAAGUUGACUGGCAGGAUGAGAUGGGUGCUUCUUGCCUGAUUUUGUUUUGAUUGAACUUCUAAGCACUUCAGUUCUUGGCUGACAAUAAAUUCAUACCCUCUCAGGAACUUGUAGAAGUGUGAACCAUGGGUACGUCUAAAGGACUAGCCAUUUCACAAGGGAGAGAACCUCUCUUUUCAUUUGGAUUGAUCUCUGAUGUCCAGUAUGCUGACAUUCCUGAUGGUCGCUCAUUCCUUGGAGUUCCUCGUUAUUAUAGGCAUAGCAUUCUCGUAUUACAGAGAGCAGUGAAAGCGUGGAAUGAUCAUCAGCGGCAUAAAUUUGUGAUAAAUUUUGGGGACAUUGUUGAUGGAUACUGUCCCAAAGAUCAAUCUUAUAGUACCGUGAAGAAAGUUGUGAAUGAAUUUGACAAGUUCAAGGGAGCCGUGUAUCAUAUGAUAGGCAAUCACUGUCUAUACAACCUUCCUCGCAGCAAGUUACUUCCGCUAUUGAACAUUCAGAGUCCUGAGGGCCAUGCUUACUAUGAUUUUUCUCCUGUGCCAGAAUAUAGAUUUGUAGUUCUGGAUGGCUAUGACGUUAGUGCCAUUGGUUGGCCUCAAGAUCAUCCAAGAACAUUGGAGGCCUUGAAAAUCCUCCGAGAAAAGAAUCCAAAUGUAGAUAAGAACAGUCCUGUAGGUUUAAUGGGGCUCGAAAGGAGGUUUCUCAUGUUCAAUGGAGCUGUUGGAAAGGAACAGAUGGAAUGGCUGAAUGGUGUUCUUGAGGAAGCAACUGAAUUGAAACAGAAGGUGGUGGUCUGUUGCCAUCUGCCUCUAGACCCAGGGGCCUCAACCGGAGAGGCACUGUUAUGGAACUACGAUGAAGUAAUAGAUUUGAUUCACCGAUAUAAUUGCGUUAAGCUCUGUCUAGCUGGACACGAUCACAAAGGUGGGUUCUGUAUUGAUUCCCAUGGGGUGUAUCAUAGAGUUCUCGAAGCUGCCUUAGAAUGUCCUCCCGGCACGGAUGCAUUUGGAUAUAUUAAUGUUUAUACUGACAGGAUAUCACUUGUGGGUACAGGCAGAAUGGCUAGUGAAGACAUGCAUUUUAGUCCCCAAGGCGAUUUUUAAUUUAAGGAAGACACAAAUUGUUUGAUGAUACAGCGUGCUGAUGAGCGGUAAACAGCUUGUCCAAGUUUUUCCCUUUGUAUUAGAGAUUACCUGACAUUGUAUUUUCCCAUGACUGCGCUUCUAACAAGUAAAAAGCAAUACACGGGUUUGCUUA